AUGCUGAAAUCACUGGUCGAACCAAUGUCAUAUGAUUUUACGCUGAGUGACGAAGAUCGGGCACUGGCAGCAACAAUUGAUGCAGCUGAGGCCCUAGAAAAGCGUGACAGUAUGAUCAACAAAGCAGGCGAGGCUGCUGGUCAGGUAAUUGAGAAGAUGCAGAGCGUUGCUGUGCCAGCAUGGAAUAAAAUGAGAUCGAAAGUAAGGAAUUAUUGA